CAAAGGUUGUUCUCUCCUCCAUCCAAUCCAACGAUGACAACCGUAGCUGCAACCGGUCUCAACGUCGCGACUCCACGAGCGUUCGUUCGACCGGCGGCUCGUUUAUCCGCCCCGGUUCGCUUGAACUACCCGUGGAAAUUCAGUUCGAUGAAACGGAUGGUUAAGUUGUCGGUUAAGGCGACACCGGAAGGAGAGAUAUCGGAGAAGGUGGAGAAGAGUAUUCAGGAAGCGAAGGAGACUUGCGCUGACGAUCCGGUGAGCGGAGAGUGUGUGGCAGCGUGGGACGAGGUGGAGGAGCUGAGUGCAGCGGCGAGUCAUGCAAGGGACAAGAAGAAGGCUGGUGGAUCAGAUCCUUUGGAAGAAUACUGCAGUGAUAAUCCUGAGACUGAUGAGUGUCGUACCUAUGAUAAUUGAAACAUGUUUUUUUUUUGUCUGAAAAUUUAGGUACUGCUUGGUUGAUCUUUCUUUCUUGUUGUUGUCGUCGUGUUUGGUUUGUUUGGUGUUGUAAUGUGAUAAUGAAUAUUAUUAUGGAUACACAUGAGUUGUUUCAUAGUUUUCAAAUAUUAGGUUAUUGAGAGAUUUGUAGAACAUACAAGAAAGACUGUAAGAAUGAUUAUCCAUGUGUUGAAGUUGGAAUAUAUGGUUCAUCAAUUUUUGUCUUGGACUCAUAUAGUUCUAUAAUCAACUCAUGUUGGACUCUUGAAGACUCGAGUGAUCUCUCCAUAAAACUUAAAUAGAUUGUUGCAUUUGGA